AUGCUUAGCCUCUGCGGCUGCUCAUCUCGCCGUCGAGGCAAAAAGGCCUCAAGCGUAUCCAGCGAUGAUGUGGCACCCAAAGUCACAGCAGGCAAGGGACCGCCCGAGACGAUUAAUCACAGUGCAAUCAUUCCUCCAGGCCCGAGUAGGCUAAGCUUGGAUGACUUUGGCGUUCAAACCUUGGAGUUGCCGAAGAGAAAGAGUAGCAACGCACUCGAAGCAGUCAAAGCGAAGCUUAUACGACACUGGUCAUAUAACAAGGACCAGCCUCAAAAGUCGCGAGCUUCGCCGGAUGGCGACAAGGACGAGAUUGCUCGUCGUGCAGAGCUUCGCCGAUUCCGAGCCAGAAGAAUUCAGGAGGAGCUAAAUCAAGACCACAGCAAAUGUGUAUCCACGCAUACUUCUAUUCGAAGCACAAGAUAUUUGUCGCCCUUGAUCGACAUUGGACGUCCUGGCCGUGGUCCCAGAGAUACCAUCGAAUUUUCCAUUGACAGCAGCAACCCGCUGACUGCACCCUAUCCAUCUCCUGCUCCCACAUUGUCGUCUUUCAGGACUAAUUUUCCUGCUUCGUCAAUGAAACGGUGGAGUAGCUGCCCAGCUUCAAUUGGAGAACAGUCCGGCCAAGUCUGUUCGCCACUCUACAACAAUUCAGGUGCAUCUCUUUCAAGGAAACGCUGCACCACUCCGGGCAAGAUAACAGAAUCCAAAUCUCUCCCCAACUUACUGCAGCCCAACAUGAGAGCUCCUCAACUAGCCAGAACAAAAACAACUGGCCGCGCUAACGGCAGACAUGGCAACUUCAGCGUUUGGCUUGCUCUACAAGAGUCUCGGUCACGAGAUAGCUCGACGUCGGGCUCGGCAGAGUCCAGAAUACAGCUUCGGCGUCAGGCUACACCUGCCCCUCAAAGACUCACCGACUCCAGUCAUGAUACUGUUACAAUGCCUUUUCCAGAGCGGCAUAUUAGUGCUUCGCAAAACCGCUCAGCAGUAUCACGGAGCGCCCUUGAACAGCGGGGGCCGCAAGCGACGACUUUCGCAAUGCCCGGCUCCGUCAAUCGAUCUCGCCGAUGUAGCUCCGCAGCCCCCUUUAAUAUAAAGAAGGGCACCUCCUCUGGCUCCAGUCAGGGACGAAUUGUAUCAUCAGAGACACCUGGUGGUAUCUCGUCUUCAUACUAUCCGUCUGUCAUGCCCAGCAUACAACCCAGCCCCAGUCGAUCCAAGUCAUUGGUCAAUAUUUUGAGUGUGAGGGACCUGCAAAGCCUGGAGCUAUCACCUUUCGAAUGGCACGAUAAUGACUCCAUUUUGAAAAACUUUGGCGCUUUUGCCGAGGAUGGCAGCUCGUACGCUACGGCGGAUGACGGCGAAGCUGAUUCCAAAAAAUCUCCCCCGCGCACCCGUCAUGACAGUGUCAAACAAGAUCAUAAUGGCCAAGCAGGCCAGACGAACACAUCCAAUAGGCAUUUGCCAAGUACCUUGAGCAUUGAGAUACGACGCGAGAAUAGCGAACCCGACAUCACUGCUAGCGGUUCCAAGCUUCCAGCACCCAACUGGAAUAGUCGCAUACGGGCAGAAAGGACCGGGCUUCCGACAAUUUGGAGGUCGGGACACGCAUCCUGGGAUAUUCAAGCUAGUCUUCCCAAGCGCAUCUCGUCCAAAUUCUGGUCUCAAUCCCGGACAGCCUCGGCAACGAUACCCGAAACAAACACUCCAGGCAAGUUACACGGCGGCUCAGAUCACGUCAUAGAGCAACCAGCCCUGUCUCGGAGUUCCGUUGCUUACAAUGCUUUGCAGAAGGUUUCUCAACGAAACGCAUCAGCACCUCCUCUGUCGUGGGCAAGACAUCAAUCGCGAAAGCAGAAGCAAAGUGCAACCAAUGAAAUCACAAAGACAAGGGCGAGAUAUUCCAGCGACUGCCAGGAUAGUGGCCAGCCGUAUCGCUACCCUAUGGCUGAAAACAGGGACGUUCGCUCCAUCAGUUUCCCGGCAAAGAUGGGUGGCCUGGUUGACAAUGUGCUCACGAAAAUCAUGCCUUCACGCAGAUCAUCGGAGAAGUUGGACACUUCAAGUCAAGAGACAAAAUCUAUCAAACACUUGCCAUUGGAGCCAUUGAAGAUUAACGAAUUGCAGACCUCCCCCGCGUUGGGAGAAAUGGAGAUAUUCCGGCCUAUGCAAUCGACGCCAAACCCCCCAAAAUGA